UGAGCGCGCCUGCUUUUGCACAGGGUGGUCGAGGAGGGGAUGGCCAAGGGGAAACAUACUUGGCACGGCUCCCUCCUCUCUGCUUAGAUUACACCGGUUGCGAUCACUGCAAGAAGACGGAAGAGAGAGGAAAAAAAAAAAAAAAAAAAGAAGAAAAAAGUGUGUAUUUAUGGAGGUGGGAUGCAUGUGCCAUAAAUAAAUGGUGUUUUUUUUAUUUAUUUAUUUAUUUUUUGGACGAUGAGGCGCUCGCACGUCGCGCCGCGAACAGCCUCCGUCGAUCCGGCGACCUGCUGCUGACAAGCCGGGGAGACGAGGGACCGGGGGGCGCCUGGUGGAGAGACCACCGCCGGGGGGGUGGGGGAACCAUGCAGUUUGCAAUGUCGCUGCUUGGACUCAUGUGUCAGCUGUCAGCACUCGUCCGGGUCGCCGCGCAGCACCGCUUGCACCCGAAACAAGAAGCCUUCAUCCAGCAGCUGUCAUCGUAUGAAAUCACCAGCCCGCUGCGGGUCAACGACUUCGGGGAGUCCUUCCCGCACACGCUGCACUACAGGCGGAGACGCAGGAGUGUAAACGACGACCUGUCCGCCGCCCUGCGGGUCCACUACCGGAUCGACGCCUUCGGCCAGCGCUUCCAGCUCAACUUGAGCGCGCACUCGGACUUCAUCGCGCCCGCCUACACGGUCGCGCACUUGGGAGCCGAGCCGAGCGACUCCACGGCGGCCCGGGGGGAGGAGACGGAGGCCGACAUGCGCCACUGCUUCUUCCGGGGACACGUCGACGCCAGGGGCGAGCAGCCGGCAGUGGUCAGCCUGUGCACCGGCUUGAUCGGCACUUUCACGACACCAGACGGCGAGUACUUUUUGGAGCCGCUCCUGAAUGCCGAGGGAGAGGAGUAUGAGGACGAGCACCACAAACCCCACCUCGUCUACCGACACGUGAGGAAAAACAACUUCUCAAGCACGAGCGUCGUUCCCCAACCCGAGCCUUGUUCGGCCUCAGACCACUCCAAGCGGCCCGUGUCCUUGGGGGGCCGAGGGAGCAUGGGCGAGGAGUUGGACUCGCUCCGGGCAGCUGUCCACGACCAGGGUGACGGGAACCACUCCAACGACACCACUGGCGGAGCCCCGCGCAGACGCAAGCGCUUCCUCUCCUACCCUCGCUACGUUGAGCUGAUGGUGACGGCCGACGCCAAGAUGGCCCGACACCACGGAGGCAACCUGGAGCACUACAUCCUCACAAUCAUGUCAGUAGUAGCGGCGGUGUACAGGGACCCCAGCGUCGGGAACCUCAUCAACAUCGUGAUAGUCAAGCUGGUCAUCAUCCACGAUGAACAGCAAGGUCCUACAGUGAGUUUCAACGCUGCCACCACCCUGCACAACUUCUGCACCUGGCAGCAGAAGCAAAACAUCCAGGAUGACAACCACCCUUCUCACCAUGACACCGCCCUCCUCAUCACCAGGGAAGAUAUCUGCCGUGCAAAAGACAAGUGUGACACGCUCGGUCUCGCAGAACUGGGGACCAUGUGCGACCAGUACCGCAGUUGUUCUAUCAGCGAAGAAAACGGAAUCAGUGCCUCCUUCACCAUCGCUCACGAGCUGGGCCACGUGUUCAACAUGCCGCACGACGACAACCCCAAGUGUCGCGAGGCCGGCAUGAAGCACCAGUAUCACGUCAUGGCGCCCACCCUCAACUACGACACCAAUCCCUGGUCCUGGUCCAAGUGCAGCCGCAAGUACAUCACUGCGUUCCUAGACACCGGUUACGGGGAGUGUCUUCUCGACGAGCCAGUAGGCAGAACGUACGAGCUGCCCACGCUCCUGCCUGGUCAAAUUUACAACGCCAACAGGCAGUGUGAACUCAUGUUCGGCCCCGGGUCCCAAAUUUGCCCCUACAUGAAACAGUGCAAGAGGCUGUGGUGUACAAGUGCAGAGGGGGACCAUAAAGGGUGUCGCACGCAACACAUGCCGCUGGCUGACGGGACGGAAUGUGGACACGGAAUGUACUGUAGACACGGCAUGUGCGUGAACAAGGAGCUGUACCUGCAGCCCAUCGAUGGGGAAUGGGGCCCCUGGGGGCCCUACAGCGCAUGUUCCAGGUCCUGCGGCGGAGGGACAAGGAGCACCACCAGAGAAUGCAACAAGCCUGAGCCGAGGAACAGCGGGAAAUUCUGUGUGGGACGCAGGAUGAAGUUCCGCUCUUGCAGCACUGAGCCGUGUCCGCGAGGACGCAAAGAUUUCCGCGAGGAGCAGUGCUCUCAGUUUGACGGCAAGCACUUCAACAUCAACGGUCUACCUCCCAACGUGCGCUGGGUCCCCAAAUACAGUGGCAUACUAUUGAAGGAUCGGUGCAAGCUCUUCUGCCGGGUUGCCGGUGCCACGGCGUAUUAUCCGCUGAAGGACCGCGUCAUCGACGGCACGCCGUGUGGGACCGACACCUACGAUAUCUGUGUUCAAGGCCUCUGCAGGCAAGCGGGCUGCGAUCAUGUCCUGAACUCAAAGGCGAGGAAUGACAAGUGUGGCGUGUGCGGUGGGGACAACUCUUCAUGCAAAACCCUCUCAGGGAUGUUCAACGAUGCGCAAUAUGGCUACAACACAGUGGUCCGCAUCCCAGCCGGAGCCACCAACAUUGAUAUAAAGCAGGUCAGCUACUCCGGAAAGCCAGAAGAUGACAACUACCUCGCAUUAUCUGACGGCCAGUCCAACUUCCUGCUGAACGGGAACUUUGUGGUGGCCAUGUUCAAAAGGGAGAUCACUUUCAAGGGGACGGUCAUCGAGUACAGCGGCUCUGACACCAAAGUGGAGCGCAUCAAUUGUACCGAGCGCAUCGAGGAGGAGCUCGUUCUGCAGGUCCUGUGUGUGGGAAACCUCUACAACCCCGACGUGCGCUACUCUUUCAGCAUCCCCAUCGAUGAGCACAGGGAGCAGUUUAUGUGGGACCCCUUGGGCCCCUGGCUGGAGUGCAACCGCAUCUGUCAGGGUGAGCGUCGCCGCAAGACGGCGUGUGUGCGGAAGAGCGAUCACCUGGAGGUGUCAGAGCAACGAUGUGAACACUUACCUCGGCCUGCAGAGGUCAGCGAGCCUUGCAACAGGGACUGUGAAGUCAGGUGGCAUGUCGCCGGGAAGAGUGAUUGCUCAGCCAAGUGCGGUGCGGGCUCCCGCAGCCUGGAUGUUCAGUGCAUCAAGUACACCCUGGUGAAGAGGCAGAGCCAUCGGGUGGAGCCCAGCAUCUGCGCCGGUAUUGCCAAACCUCCCACUCGAGAGUCCUGCCAUGGCGACUGUCUUCUCAAGAGCUGGCAGUACAGUGCCUGGUCACAGUGUUCCAAGACCUGCGGCCGAGGGAGUCGCAGCAGGGAGUCGUACUGCAUGAACAACCUUGGCCGUCGCCUGGUGGACAGGGAGUGCGGUGAAUACCAGGGGGCGGUCACAGAAGUCUGCAACGACCAGCCGUGUCCCAAGUGGACCGUCAGCGAGUGGAGCGAGUGCCUGGUGACCUGUGGUAAGGGCACGAGACACAGGCAGGUGUGGUGCACCGCGACAGCCAGGGAAGAAAAGCUGAGUGAGCAUUUGUGCGACCCGUCCGGCAAACCCGCCUCCAUCGGGAGCUGCGAGCUGCCCGACUGCGCUUCCUGGCAGGCUGGGGUGUGGGGAGCGUGUGCGGUCACCUGUGGCCAUGGCUACCAGAUGAGAGCUGUGAGGUGUGUGUCGGGGGACUACAGCAACACGGUGAAUGACAGGGAAUGCAACGCUGCAGCCAGGCCCAGAGACAGUCAGGACUGUGAGGUGCCAGCGUGCCCUUGGGCCUCUCCGGUACAAAGCACACCUCGGCCUGACAACUCCGCUCAGCCCCUGACGCAAUGGAGAUAUGGCUCCUGGACGGCGUGCUCUGCGACCUGCGGCCAAGGGAAGCGAGCGCGUUACGUCAGCUGCCGAGACGCCCAGGGAGGCGUGGCUGACGAGUCCUACUGCGCCCACCUGCCCCGACCGCCAGAGACCUCUGCUUGCUUCAGCCCCUGCGGCCAAUGGCGCACCGGGGAGUGGUCUCCUUGCUCAGUGACAUGCGGCGCUGGACGCUCCACCCGACAAGUCCUCUGCUCGAACUACCACCAGUCCGUGGACCAGGCCUUCUGUGACCCGGACGAGCGGCCCGAAAUGGAGCAAGAGUGCACCGCGGCACCCUGCUCUUCCGUCUACCACCGCCAGCGCAUCAAUGACCAGCCUUACGGAUACCCCAAAGAUCCCGGGCGCCACCCCGGUCACAACAGCUGGAACGUGCCGUCAACGGACAACCAAUGGAGGACAGGACCCUGGGGCGCAUGCUCCAGCACCUGUGAAGGGGGGUUCCAGAGGCGAGUGGUGGUCUGUCAGGACGCUGAUGGCCGCAGCAACAGCUACUGCGAAGAGAGGGUCAAGCCGGCCGAGUCCAAGAGCUGCGACUCGGGGCCCUGCCCUAUGUGGAACUAUGGCGUCUGGGGAGAGUGCACUCAGAGCUGCGGAGGCGGCAGGAGGACCCGCCUGGUGGUGUGUCAGAGGCCCAGCGGCGAGAGGCUCAACGACUACAACUGCGACGUCCUGGACAAACCUCUGGACAUGGAGCAGUGCAACCUGCAGCCCUGCCCAGGCUCCGCCUCCUGGCACCGCAGACCAUGGAAGCCGUGUUCGGUGACUUGUGGCCGUGGCAGCCAACAGCGGGAGGUCACCUGCGCUCAGCACCGGAACCACACCAAAAUAGGAGAGGAGCACUGCGCUCAUCUUCCGCGACCGCGGACCCAGAAGACGUGCCGUGGUCGAGGGUGUCCCACCUGGAAAGCCAACAAGUGGAGCGAGUGCUCGGUCACAUGUGGAGCGGGACUCCAGAGCAGAGACGUCUACUGCAGGCUGAAAGGCAGCGGAAAGGUCAGAGAAGAUCUAUGUGACGCCUCAUCACGACCCGCUGUCGGCCAGCGUUGCCAGACUGCAGAAUGUAGCCCUUACACUUGGAUAGCCUCCUCGUGGAAAGAAUGUAACGCCACCUGUGGAGCCGGAGUGAGAAGCAGGGAGGUGGACUGCAUGGAGCCGGGGAUGAAGGCCGUGCAGACGGAUUACUGCGAGCCGUCACUCAAACCGCCGUCGCAUCAACCUUGCCAAGAAGAGCCGUGUCGCUACCUGUGGGCCACAGGGGAAUGGUCACAGUGCUCCGCCAGCUGUGGUGUGGGCUACCAGCAGCGCGUGGUCUCCUGCUCCAAAAUACCCUCCUCACGGGCGUCACAUCUUUACUCCGCCCAGUCCCUCACUGCUGCCAUCCACUGCCCGGACCCUUGCCCUGCCAGCAGCAGACCUUGCCUCCUCAAAGACUGCCUGCAGGCGUCUUAUUGGAAAGUGGGUCUUUGGAGUAAGUGCUCUCAAACCUGCGGGGCAGGAGCCAUGGAGCGGCGAGUGGAGUGCGUGACCGCCAAAGGACAAACGUCCAAACAGUGCCGGGCCUCAGACAGACCCUCGCCUCGAGCUGCGUGUCACGCUAGAGAAUGCCAGACGUUCACUUCCUGCCGUGAGGUCCAGAUGCGCCAGGGCGUCAGGAUGGAUGGAGAGUAUUACCUCAAAGUCAAGUCCCGCAUCCUACAGAUCUACUGCACUGAGAUGGAGACCGACUUCCCCAAGGAGUACGUCACAUUACGCAGCGGCCAGACGGACAAUUACUCUGAGGUGUACGGCUACAGGCUUCUGAACCCCUUCGAAUGUCCCUACAACGGCAGCCGGAGACAGGACUGUAGCUGCAGGAACGACUACUCCCCGGCGGGGUACACGCUCUUCCACAAAGUGCGCCUGGAUCUGAGCACCCUGAGGAUACUGAUCACCGACUUCCGCUUCUCCCACACUCCCGUCGGUCGGCCAGUACCCUUCGCCACGGCGGGUGACUGUUACAGUGCCGCCAAGUGUCCGCAGGGCCAGUUCAGCAUCAAUCUGAUGGGGACCGGCCUCCGGGUGGCCGAGACCACCAAGUGGUCGUCUCAGGGCAACUACGUCUCAGUCAAGGUGCACAGAUCGGAGGACGGAACAAGGGUCUACGGGCGCUGUGGAGGUUUCUGUGGCAAGUGUGUUCCUCAGGCACACCUGCUCCUUCAAGUCCACUGAGGCUCUUGGAGACCUGCAAGAGAGCAGCGAGACUCGUUAGUUGGACCUUCCACUUCACAAACGAUGCUCUUAAAACACAGCGUGGUGCUCCUACAGGCUCGCCAUUAUUUUAAAACCUGAACCAGGAACUAGCAACGAACGAAGAACACAAAGGGACACAACACUUGCAACCAAAACACAAUUUGUAUCGUCUUCAAGGAAUAACUUUGUGGUUUACUAUCUUGUUGAAUGCCUGUAAUGCAAAUAAGAGCCAGCAGCAAUUUUAGCCUCGCACAGGGUUAGCCUUAGCUUAGCUUAGUCACUGCCCUAGUUGCUGAGCGUCCUGAUCCCAUCUGAUUUGGACUACUUUUUUUUCCAAAAUAACAUAUCGCUAAAGUAGAAACUGAUCAUGUAAAAAAUUAACAACUAAACUUUAAAUUUGAAAAUAAUUUCACAUCGUUAAGCGUUUAAAUUUGAAGCCGCCGUUUUCAUCUCAGUCGCUAUCCAAAUACUUUCAAUGCACAAACUGUAUUUUCCGAACUAUACAUUUAAAAAAAUAUAUAUAUAUUUUACAUAUAAUAGCCGCAUAAGACGAAAUACUUUGUAAAUGUUUAUUUACAUACCUUAAUUGUUUCCAAACAGUCUCUGUAACACGGCAGUAAAACAGCUGAUAAAACAAAACAGAAGUCAUCUCUAGUCAGACUAAUAAUUUCACGGUGACGUUUUGGUGCGUUUACAAAACUGACACGAUACAAAAUGAUCAGAGAUGUCCGAUAAUAUCGGUUGACACAUGCUUUAAAAUGUAAUAUCGGAAAUUAUCGGUAUCAGUUUUAAAAAGUAAAAUGUAUGACUUUUUAAAACAGCGCUGUACAGAGAGCCAAUAAACCUAAAAGGCAGUGCCUUUGCGUACCGGUUUAAUCGCAUAAUAUCUACGGCUUUUUACAAGUGAAUGCAAGGCAUACUUGGUCAACACAGGCCGUACAAACAACUUUAAUACUGUUACAAAUAUGCGCCAUACUGUGAACCCACACCAAACAAGAAUGACAAAUUUUGGGAGAACAUCCGCAUCUUAACACAACAGAGCAAAUACCCAGAAACCCUUGCAGCACUAACUCUUCCAAUAUACAAUACAAUAUCGGCAAAAAAGCCAUUAUCGGACAUCUGUAAAAAUGAAUGCUAUUUUAAGUUAAUAAUACUAACAGACAAUUUUGAACAUGUUGUCAUAAUAAGUAUUGCUAACGACGCUAGCUUGAUUACAUUAUGAUAACACGUAGUAAUAUGCAGGAAAAUACUCCUAACAACAUGUGACAGUUUAUUAAGUAUGAAAUUGUUUUAGUUAUAAUGAAAAACUUACUUGGUUGGAGUGAUGAAUGAAAAAUCUUUUUGAGCGGUUAUACUUCCGGCUCAAAGCACACAACAGGAAAGUGAGCAAACUCGUCCAAUAGUGGGCGCCAUAACACACCGUUUCACUGUCUGUAGGUGUUAUAUGAAAGCUUUGUGUUGAAUACAAAACAGUAUGGACUUAGCGACAAAAUAAAUUAGCCGUUUUAUAAGCAAAGCGUUGAAAACAUUCUGGAAAAUAUGGUACGUUAUAUUUGUAAUGUUUUUUCACGACUCAAAGUUAUCAAUAAAACUCAAGUAAUGUUUGCACAUGUGCAAAAAAACGGAACGGGUAGCUCAGUAAAUCGGGCAGUUACAUAGCCUUGUUUAGUUUAUAGAGACAAACUAGUUUAUAGAAAUAGCUGAAAAAUGUGGGAUCAACUGACUAAAAGGCUAAGUAGCUAACGUGGCAGGGACAAUGACAAAACAGUUUUUUGAUGUUCACACUGUGGGACUUUUUUUUUUUGGGCAAAUAAUCAUGAACCUAGAAUUUAUGGCACCAAUCUGUUGCAAAAAAGUUUUCACACAUUUUCAACGGGAGACAGGUCUGGACUACAGGCAGGCCAGUGUAGUACACGCACUCUUUUACUACAAAGUCACGCUGUUGUGACACUUAGUCAAUAAAAAACAAUGACAAAAAAGGUUAAGAAAUGAAUUCAAAAUUUAGAUUUUUCUGAAUAUUUUACUUGAACAAGUUUAACAUUAAUUCAUUAAUUGGCAUCGCUUUGCAGAAAUAAGCAGGGGCGUCAAUGAUAACGUUGCUUGGACGGCAACAUACGUCGCUCCAUUUCUGCAUUACACAGAUGUGUAAGUUACCCAUGCCAUCACCGAUGCUGGCUUUUACCCUUUGACCCUAGAACAAUCCAGAUUUUUCUUUUCCUCUUUGGUCCCGUGGACACGACGUCCACAGUUUCCAAAAACAAUUUGAUAUGCGGACUCGUUGCAAAAAAGUUGUCAACAUUUUCAACAGGAGACAGGUUUGGAAUACAGGCAGGCCAGUCUAGUACCUGCACUCUUUUACUACGAAGCCACACUGUUGUGACACUUAGUCAAUAAAAAAUAAUGACGUUUGCGUUUACAAGACAGAGUUAAUAAUGAAGAAAAAGUCAAUUGUAUGACAAAAAAGGUUAAGAAAUUAAUUUAAAAUGUAGAUUUUUCUGAACAUUUACUUUAACAAAUUAAACAUUAAUUGGCAUUGCUUUAAAGAAAUAAGCAGGGGCGUCAAUGAUAACGUUGCUUGGACGGCAACAUAUGUCGCUCCAUAACCUGUAUGGAGCCAGUCUAGUACCCGCACUCGUUUACGAUGAAGCCACGCUGUUGUGACACUUGGCUUGGCAUCGUCUCGCAUAAAUAAGCAGGGGCGUCCAUGAUAACAUUGUUUGGACGGUAACAUAUGUCGCUCCAUAACCUGUAUGUACCUUUCAACAUUACACAAAUCUGUAAGUUUCCCAUACCUUCACAGAUGCUGGCUUUUACACUUUUGACCUUAGAACAAUCUGGAUCGUUCUUUUCGUAUUUGGUCCCGUGGACACGACGUUCACAGUUUCCAAAAACAAUUUGAUAUGCAGACUCGUCAGACUCGUUGCAAAAAAGUUGUCACACAUUUUCAACAGGAGACAGGUCUGGAAUACAGGCAGGCCAGUAUAGUACCUGCACUCUUUUACUACGAAGCCACGCUGUUGUGACACUUAGUCAAUAAAAAAUAAUGACGUUUGCGUUUACAAGGCAGAGUUAAGAAUGAAGAAAAGGUAAAUUUUAUGACAAAAAAGGUUAAGAAAUCCAUCUAAAAUGUAGAUUUACUUUAACAAAUUUAACAUUAAUUCAUUAAGUUGCAUUGCUUUAAAGAAAUAAGCAGGGGCGUCUAUGAUAACGUUGCUUGGACGGCAACAUAUGUCGCUCCAUAACCUGUAUGGAGCCAGUCUAGUACCCGCACUCUUUUACGACGAAGCCACGCUGUUGUGACACUCGGCUUGGCAUCGUCUCGCAUAAAUAAGCAGGGGCGUCCAUGAUAACAUUGCUUGGACGGCAACAUAUGUCGCUCCAGAACCUGUAUGUACCUUUCAACAUUACACAAAUCUGUAAGUUUCCCAUACCUUCACAGAUGCCGGCUUUUACACUUUUGACCCUAGAACAAUCAGGAUGGUUAUUUUCCUAUUUGGUCCAGUGGAGACACAACGUCCACGGAACACCCCACUUGUGAUCAUUCUAGCCAUCAUUUAGCUCAAUGUACAAAGAGGACAGAAUGUUUUUUUCCGAAAACGAGCAAAAAUUUAAUGAAAGGAAAAUGUGAAAACUCAUUAAGUAGUAUCAUUCCCAGGCUGUAGGGCGCACUAUAUAUAAAACACACCCACCUGAUGUGGGAUUUGAGCCGAGGAUGUAGUUGUGCAGCCCUUUGAGACACUCGUAAUUUAGGGCUAUAUAAGUAAACAUUGAUUGACCUAAAUUCUGCACGAAUGUUAUUUUGUACGUUAACAAGUCAAAAAGCCACAUAUCGAAAGAUGAAAUAUUAACAAAAGACUGCUUGUAACGUGGCAAAUUGGAAACAAAUGUAUUGUAAUUAGCUGCAUUAUUGUAUAAUAGCACAGGGUUCAAAGCGUGGGUAAGAAAGGAGCGUUUGUUUUCCAGUCUUUGACCACAUUUAAUUUAAUUUAAACGACUUAGUAUGUCAACAUUUAAAGCGCAUGCAGGGGGAGAUACAACCGAUCACACUUCAAAUGCAGCUGCUGCCAUCUUGUGGCGCUAUAUUGACACAGCCGCUAAUUGAAUCCAGGCAUUUAUUGGAGUAUUUCUCAUUAACAAUAAUGUUCUGAAGGACUAAAAUAACCUGCCUUAAAUCAAAGGUUAAUGCAUUAGAUACAUUAGAAUAAGAAAUGUUAUUUUUGUAUGCAGUUUGUGUGCCGUAAUAUAUUUAAAAACAUAGAAACACCACCACUGACCCGCAGAGUACAACAAUAUCUUAUGUUAUUAUUUGAUGUUUACCUUUUAACAAGUUCUCACCGUUUGUUUUUUAUUUAUUCUGGAACCAUCUCCGUGUUAACAGUUUGCCUGCUCCUUAUCCGUAACCAUGUUUGUAACCUCUAACUGAACGGUGCUUCUCGCAACUUACCUCGCAUCUCCAGACGCCAACUGGCUGUCAGGGUUUGACUUAGAAAUAUCCGCUAUAGUCGCAGUAUGUGUAUUAUAUCAACUAUACAUUAUUUAUUUUCCCUAGAAAAAAAAUAGUCUAGAGUUUUAUACAUGAGUUUUUCUUCUUGACACUCACGCACGUACACAGUGAUGUGUAGUAAAUUAGAAGUUAUGAUGCAAUUUUUUUCCUGCCUGAGAAAUAACAAAAAUAUCUUGAAAUGGGAUGUCUUAUAUUUGGGUCAAUACACAUUUUAGUCUGUUUUUAACAGUUAAUAUGCGAGAGAACCGUUUUGUUUCCCUAAUGAUGAUGAAUGGUAAUAGAAAUGUAAUACGUCUUCCAACAUUUUCAUAUAUAUAUAUAUAUAUAUAUAUAUAUAUAUAUAUAUAUAUAUAUAUUAAUUAAUUAGAUUAUCCAAUAUGUAUGUGUGGGGAAAAAUCACAAGACUAUUUUAUCUCUACAGAACUGUUUCAUGAGGGGUUCCCUCAAUCAAAAAUCUCCUGAUGAUUGAGGGAACCCCUCAUGAAACAGUUCUGUAGAGAUGAAAUAGUCUUGUGUUUUUUCCCACACAUACACACACACACACAUACAUAUAUAUAUAUAUAUAUACACACACAUACAGAAGAAUGAAACCCCUUUCAAAGCUGUAACCAAAGUAAGUUGCCAUUCAAAGCAGCUCGUUUUGAUUGAACUAGAAUACAAAAUAAUUCAUAUGUUAAUAUUUUUUUUUUAAAAAGUCAAUGAGCAGCUAGAAACCCUUCCUUCGUACACGUAUGAAGGCCAAUGUGUGCUAUGAGGUCUGUAUCAGAAAUGGAAAGAAUACUUGACGCACUAUGUGCCAAACUUUUUAGAAAUGUAAUCCUGUUUUUUGUUUUUUUUGUAUUGCAAUAAAGUUGAAGAGUUGUAACUUAUGUGUAAUAUUCGUACUUGAACUGUGUGCUAAUGAUGUAAGAUGUGGGCAUUGAACAGUGCUUGUUUGCCUGGCUUGAUCCAAAGAUGUUACCUAUACAGAGUGUAUAUUUACUGGUGCUGUGUUACUAAUUGUACAUGGACUAACACUUUCUGCAACAUAAUGAUGAAUUAAAGUCGUCUUAACUGA